AUGACUUCGAUGCUUGGUUCCCAGUUCACUCCCGGGGCAGACCUCUUUCAAGAUCCGUUUGCCCUCCACCUGCUCCUGAUUAAUACCGCAGCCGCCACGUGGCGAAGGUAUCUAGCGUAUAUUGCUCAAGAGGUCCGCAAUGUGGCCGAGCAAGCAAUCCUGGUGGACUUUGAGCAUGAUGGGGCACACCUAGGCGAGCUUGAACAACGUCAAUAUCUGAAGCAGCUUGAAGAUAUGAUAACCAGUCUCAUAAGCGCGGUCGAUUCGUCCCUGGACGUGUGCGCAACCCUUCGUUCCAAUCAUACCAAAUAUACACAGAUCAGGGUCGGUCCUCGCGAUCAAUCGUCUCUGCAACGCCGCAAAGACCUAUUUGACCAAGUGUUAAGCGAGAAAGAGCGAGAACUGCGACACCAUCGUGCUCAAGCCGGUGUGCUCCGCAUGCGAAUCCGCAGUGCUGAGGCUCUUGUCACAAAUAUACUUGAUCUUGGGAAUGGUAACUCCUUGAGACUGCUCGCGAUAGAAGCUCAGGAGGAGAAUAAAGCCAUGCAAGGAAUCACUACAAAGGGUUUGAAGGAUGCAGCAGCUGUCAAGGUCUUGACAAUAAUCACCCUGGUAUACCUCCCAACGACGGCUGUCCUGAACUUCUUCUCAACCUCCUUUGUGAACUUCGGGCCCAACCGCAAUGGCGAUGCCACACUUACAGUGGCUGGUAAUUGGUGGAUUGCUCUGGCAGUAGCCGCGCCCCUUACCAUUUUUACGAUAUACAUCUGGUCGUUCUAUGUCGACACCUUUGUCUAUAACAAUCCACCGGCGUGGUGGCGAUGGGUUAGUAGCUGGCUGAAUUACCUGGCGGCUACGCACACGUGGAAACUGCGAAACCCGGGCCCGGUUGGUCAAGGGAUGAAUGGAGCGUAA